CAGAAUUUAAAGCCAGCCAGAGCAGACGACCCACUGGCCGAGUUUUCAUUUUUUCCGCAUCAGCGGCUGCAAGUUUCCGAAAAAUUUUCAUUUCAAGAGUUAUCAACUAGGGAGUGUGCUCGGUUAUGCCUGCAAGUUACGGAGCAACUUAUCUUCAAUUGUAGCUCAUUUGAGUAUGAGGUAACUGCAAAUGAUUGUUUUCUGAUGGGUUCAUUCUGCCUACAUCACCAAUUAAUUUACGAUGGAUUGAGAGACUAUUACGAACUGAAAGGUAAGUGUGAAGUGACCGGUUGCGUAUUAUAAUCGGAUUUUGAAGCUCUUGGGGAUCACCUAUAUCAGAAACAUCAAGUUAUCAUCAAGUGCGGACUGGGAAUCACAUUAAAUUGCGUUUAAAAGCCACUGAUCAUUAGGGUGCGAGACCAGGGGUUUACUCCCUCAUACAGCCAUAGUGCCACUGAUAAUUUCAUAGAGGCCAGAUCUGAAAACGGGUGUGGAAAAUGAAUUUUUUUGGUCUGAAAAAGGGUCAGGAUUUAGAGGAUUGGGCGGCACAUGUAUACGCACACCAAGAAUUUCCAGGAGCACCGGGAGGGGAUUCAAGAACAAGCGCAAACGGUUCAACGCAAGUGCUAGUUUCCUGACAGUUCUCGGUGCAUUAACCUGCCUUUUUUCCCUUUUUUCUACCAUGCAAGAACGAGAGCAAACGCAAAAAGUUUAAUUAUUAAUAAAUCUUUCGGGAUUGACCAUUUUCAGAAUUUGUUGAGUUACACGUACGAUAUACAUCUAAUCACGUUAUCCAUACUAGUCAGUCAUUAAAUAAAAUUUGACGCCAAACUUCACGUGUAGUAUCAAAACUGUAUCUCGGCCUAUAUGACUGCCCAGAUCUACCUUUUUUGUCUCCGUGAAAAUAUUGAUGUUUAAGACUGACAUGAAAUGCUCGAUAUACCAGAAUUUGCAAUCAAAGCUCUCAGAUAGUAAGGGAGUCGCGAAAAGAAGGUUUAACGAAAGUAUGACGCGAGUGAUCUGGGGAUAAGAGUAGGUGGCAGGAAAAGAGCCUCGAAGCUCCUUUCCCAGGCCCUCGCUGGUUUUUUGCACUAGUUUUCGUGUUCCAGACGAUCUUGGAACCAGAGCAGACUAUAAUCAAGAUUUCUGAAACUGUAAAAUGUAAAUAUCAUGUUUAUGCCUCUCAAAACCUUCCAGCUCCCAAUGGAACAUCAUCGUGUAAUAUUCGUCCCUCUUUCUCAUCAAUGUUGACUACCAACUAUCUCAAAAAGACAACAAAGAUUCACGCCACACCUGCAGUCAGCCCAGUCUUGAUGACUAAACCUUUAUCAGGUUUGAAUUUCAUUUUUUUGUUUACCCUUGCGUAGUGCUAGAGGAGGGGGCAUUAGGAUUUACGGUAUUGAACUUUUUCUCAAGCGAUAUUUCGGUAAUUUGUACCUUAAUGUGGGUUAUUGACGUACAUCUAGCCCCUCGGUAUGCGGUUUUUUAUCCUUUUGGGUGAUGGUGUUAGUUAAAAGGAUAUCUUCUACGUUAAUUCGGUACCGUCCAUUUGAGCUCUCCUGUCUAAUACAGGUCAAAACAAUAUACAACACAAAGCACGAUAAGCUAAACAGGUUAAUGAGAGUUAAUUUUUUAAGUCUUUGGACAUAACUGGUAAAUGAUUGCACAAUUUUCUGACAGUAAAUCUCCAAUGAAAUCGAAGUUGCAGCCAAUGACCGAACUUUUUAAUCGUUGUACCGAGGUCUUCUCACGUUUGCUUCAAUGGCCUAGAAAACGGGCGGAUGGUGUGCAUAGGGUUUCUCUUGGAAUUUAAACUCUGAGGUUUGUCUGCUAUUAAGAGUCACGUGGCCUAGUCACUUUGGUUCCACCACGGGCGUUCUCUCCGCCCGCCCAUGUGCAUAAAAAUGCUUGGGCAAGAAAGUAACAGAUGACUUCCCUCAAAUUGAACGAUAUCUUUAUUAUCCAUUUAUUUUGUUUAGCAUUUAAUUCAUCUUCAAAAACAAGUCAAACGGGAUCUUUAUUCAGCUCUUUCACAGCAAGUACAGCGAAUUAUUCAGCAUCAGGUUUGUCAGCCGUGGUUAACAUUUGUGUACCGCAUUUAGUAUGUUCAACAUUUUAAUAUGCAAGUUUAUGUUUUACCCAACCAACAGGGAACAAUCAAAUUUCACGUAAAGUGAGCAUAAUCAGAACAAACUUCUCAGCAAAAGGUUCUUGUGAACGUAUUUACGAGUGUGCUAUUUAUGGUGUUGAACGUUUUACGUGUUGUUUACUAAAUAUUUUGCUUCAUGUACUGUACCUCAACAACAGUUCCUCGUACCUCGAACGAUUUCAGUGCUCUUGAAAUUGUCUUUAAAAUGUUCUUCCUGCUUUCAGCGCAGAUUAUCCAGCCGACAGAAAUCGUAACCAAUGUAUCUAUUGUUGAUCAAAAGACAACGGUAAAAAUGUCAGGUUAGUAUCCUGUCUUACUCAACAACCAGCUACAAAACAAUUUGAAGAAAGUUAACUGAAGUCUGUGCGACAAGGAAAUCAGCAAUCAUUAUGUCGUACUUACUUAUCAUGUUUGAAUGCACCGUGAGAAUCAAAGAACGGGUGCAAUUUUUCUUACUACGUCAGAACGAAAAAAUUUGGACAAACAAUUAGGCUGUCCCUGUUACUUGCUCAAAUGACAUUGCCUUGUUGAAAAUCGAUAUAUUUACUUAUAGCAAAGAAAUUCGGCUUAGCACAUUCUUGAGCCCAAUUAUCCAACAUAAUCAUUCUCAUCUUUGCCCAGAAGAAGAUAUUUAGUUAAAACGUUAUGUGACAUAUAUUAAGAACGUACCGUUCAGUUAAUUUCACCUUUGACGUUUCCAUUCAUUUUCUCCUUUUUAUUAUAGCUUAUAACCGAUCAGCAGCAAUAAUCCACUCGACGUUUGCAGAAAGCUCAGUCACAGCUAAAAGCAAUUUAAUA